CUCUCCGGUGGGGACACCCAGUGCACCGAUAUCCCGGUCGUGUACAAAUAUUCGCUGGCACCUCUCUGGAGUCAAGUCACAUUCGCCUGGGUCCUGCCGCUACUCCGAAAAGGCUACAUGAGAACGCUUUUACAAGAGGAUCUAGGACAGAUAACUCGAGAACACACUAACGAACUGCAACACGAAUAUUUCAAUCGAUACCUCCAGAAAGAGUAUGAGAAAAUGCGCUCCAGUCCGAAUUCCAAGAGUCGGAUCAACCUGUGGAGAGUGUACAUUAAGACGUAUUGGAAGCAGUACCUAUUGGCAAAUCUCCUCAAGAUCGGUGGCGACUUAUUGGCGCUAAUAGGUCCCAUCUCUAUCAAGUACAUAAUCAAGUUCAUAGAGACGGAGGAUCUUGGACCCGUGGACCACGAAAUGCGCACAGUCUCUGAUCUCUUCAGAAACGGAUACGUGCUCGCAGUGGGAGUUCUCCUAUGCACGCUCUUGCAAUCGACGUUUUCAAACAACUUUAUGCACAUGGUCACCAUGCAGAGCGUUUACGUUCAGUCAGCAUUGCGGACGGCAAUUUAUUCAAAGACAUUGCGUUUGCGUCUACAGCAGGAUUCUGAAGAUGCCGACGAAGACGAAGUGUCUCCCACUACUCAAGACCAAGACACUCAAAGCUAUAAAAGAGCACAAACCACAACGUCAAUGGGAGCGAUCGUCAAUCAUAUGUCCACGGAUUGUCAGAAUGUGAUGAUGAUUUUUACGAAUUUACAUUACAUCUGGAUGUUGCCGCUCAAGAUCGGUCUGAUCCUUUACCUCAUCUACGGGGUUCUUGGAAUUUCGGUUCUCCUAUCGUCAUGCGUACUUGUACUCAUUACUCCGGUGCAAUACCUCAUCUCCCGCGCGAUGAGUCACAUUCAAGCCAGUAUCAUGUCGAUUUCGGACGAGCGAAUGAAAAAGACUCGAGAACUCAUACAAGGUGUUAAACUGUUGAAGAUCUUGGGCUGGGAGAAGAUUUUCGUUGAGAGAAUUCAGCGAAUUCGCUCAAGCGAACGCAGUCUGUUGAAAAAGGACGCCGUUUUCGUCGCGAUGAACAGUGGUUCGAUGGUUUCUACCCGCCGCCUCGAAGAGUUCCUCAGCCGUCCAGAAAUGGAGAGAAUCACUCCGUGGAACACUGACGUUUCGAAGGUGAGAUCGCUGAGCAAGCUAGACGAGGAGGACGAGGAUUUCUUCGAUGCCGCAUCGACGUCCAUGGCAGAGAGUUUCCUGAGCAUUUCGAAUGGAACCCUUGAAUGGAGCAAGGGCGUAGAGAUUUUACGUGACUUGAAUUUGAAUCUGCCGUCGAGGAAGUUGACAUUCAUCGCGGGUCCUUGUGGAGCCGGGAAGACAACUCUGCUCAGUGCAAUGCUCGGCGAACUCGAACUGGCCAAGGGAUCCAUUGAAUGGUUGGACAAAAAUACGCACUUCGUAGCCUACGUGCCUCAGAGGCCAUGGUUGGAGAAUGCCACCGUAAGGGACAAUAUCAUCUUCGGCCAACUUUAUGAAGUGAGGAGAUAUCGGCGUGUCAUUGAAGCCUGUGCUCUGGUCACCGAUUUGGACACGCUGCCCGCUGGUGACCUCACAGAAAUCGGCGAAAGGGGCGCCAAUCUCAGCGGAGGUCAACGCCAACGCAUUGCGAUCGCUAGGGCUAUUUACUCCGACGCCAGGCUCUUCAUCCUGGACGACCCAUUGAGCGCACUGGAUGCGCACGUUGCGCGAGCUGUCUUCGAGAACGCCAUACAGAAAAUGCUGGUCGACAAAAAUAAGACCGUGGUCAUGGUGACUCAGAAGAAGGAUUUACUCGCUUUCGCGCACCAUCUCGUCAUCCUCAAUGACCAUACGGUGGUCGCGAAGGGGACAUACGAUGAAGUGCGAGCGGAUCAUCCGGAGAGUCUCGAGUGCCUCGAGCGCGGAAGCCACCUCGAAUUCGCAGAAAAAAAGCGCCGGGAUUCCUUGAAACCGAAACGAACGAAGUCGCAGCGGAAGAUGUCCUUCACGGAAUCAAUCGAGCGCAAUAUGGAUCGAGCCUUCUCGCUAACCCGACAGAUACCCGACUUCGAAAGCUCGUUCCAUGGCUCGUGCGCCGAGCGAUGCAAUAAAGAGCGCCGCGGAUCGAUACUCAGUGAGCGGCUGUUUCUGAGAGGAGGGAUUCUUGAUGGCUCCACAUCACCGUCGAGGAAUCGAGCUCACACAGCUGGGACCGUGAUGACCACUUACGACCACGAAGGUGGUCGUCUCGAAGUCAGUCUCGGACCGAACGAGAACGACUCCGGGGAGUUGACACCAUGGCGUUUCGUGGAAAACGAAGACCGCUGCGAAGGCUCGAUUUCAUCCAGAGUUUACACCCGAUACGCGAAGGCCUGUGGGUUCUUCGUGGUUUUCCUCAGCGUACUCUUCUUUGGAAUAAUGCAGCUGUGCAAGAUAACCAGCGAUUUCUGGCUAAUGAGAUGGUCGGACAUCAACCGCAACAACGGCUCUUUGACUCCCGCCGAGAGUGUUGAAGCCACCAACUGGUAUUACCUGUAUGUGUACGCCGGGAUGUCGCUCGCCAACGUGCUUUUUGCCCUGGUGGCUAAUCUCUCCGCUCAGCUGACCACUAUCCGCGCAACGAAGCCCCUGCACGACAAUAUGCUCGAGAGAGUCGUGGGCUGCUCUCAAACGUUUUUCGAUCAAAACCCAGUGGGUCGCAUCAUAAAUCGCUUCUCAGCCGAUCUCAACAUCGUGGAUAGGAAAUUACCGAUAUCCUUCCCCGUACUCACCCGCUUCAUCCUGAUUUGCAUCUCCGUCGCGCUGGUGAACGUCAUCGUCAGUCCAGUGAGCGUGGUGUUCGUCGGAAUAAGUUUCGCCGUCUAUUGGUACCUUCAACAAUUCUUCAGAGCUAGCUCGCGAGAGCUGCAACGACUCGAGUGUAUAACGAAAUCACCCAUCAUAUCACACUUCAGUGAGUCCUUGAAUGGACUCCAUACGAUUCGGGCAUAUGGACGACAAUCCGACUUCAUUGUGCGGCUGCACGCGCUGCUGAACUCCAACAACGUCGCUGCGAUCAUGACGAACUCGGCGAAUUGCUGGCUCGGGGUAUCCUUGGACUAUCUCGGUGCUGGCAUAUUGUUCCUGAUCAUCGUCACAAAUAUCGUGGCGGCUCUCGAGGGCUUCAUCACCGCAUCGUCCGUCGGUCUCACAAUGACGUAUACGCUGCUGGUACCUCAGUAUCUGAAUUGGGUCGUCAAGAACCUGACAUCCGUCGAAAUGUACAUGAGCUCAGUAGAACGUAUAGAAUCCUAUCGAGAACUGCCAGCGGAAUCCGAAGGAAGAAAUUUGAAAGCAAUAAAAGAAAUUCCCGCAGCCCCACGACGUUGGCCCACUCGAGGCCUUGUCGAAUUCGAGAAUUUGACUCUCCAAUACGAUACGUCGGAUCAGCCUGUACUUGACAAUGUCAACAUUGUGAUAAAACCGGGCGAGAAGGUCGGAAUUUGCGGUCGGUCGGGCUCGGGUAAAUCGUCUCUAGUUUUGGGACUCUUCCAAAUGGUGCCUCUGACCAAAGGCCAGAUCCGAAUCGACGGAAUCGAUUUAGCGGGCGAGGACGUUCACGAAGUGCGUUCACGCUUAUCGAUGAUUCCCCAAGACCCGAUUCUAUUCGAAGGUUCGGUCAGGGAAAACCUCGAUCCAGAAGGAAAGUGUUCCGAUGAAGAGAUCUGGAAAGCUUUGGAAAAAGCUCGCAUCAAGGACAUGGUUACUGAGGCCGGCGGACUGGACGCCGAAAUUUCCGAAGAGGGCUCAAACUUGAGUACUGGAGAAAAACAGCUGUUCUGCUUGGCAAGGAGUGUCCUCAGCCCGUCUCAAGUGCUCGUCCUUGAUGAAGCCACCUCUUCACUCGAUGUGUCCCUCGAAGAUAAGAUGCUGGAAAUCGUUCGUGACGUAUGGAAAGAGGCCACCGUAAUAGCGAUUGCGCAUCGGAUCACCUCUAUCCUCGACUUCGAUCGGGUAAUCGUCUUCAAGUCUGGCUCUAUAUCGGAAAUGGGCGACCCGAGAAAAUUGGCAGAGGAUCCCAAGACGGAAUUCGCUGCUCUGCUGCGAUCUUAUAAGUCGAGCGCUACGCAACAGAAACAAGAUAUUUCAAAAUGACGCCAGGAACCUAACUAUAAGGAUUCGAGGAGAUUUUAGUCACAAUCUGCGACAUCCAGACAGGAUAUCAGCGUUUCAGAAGCUAUUCACCUUGGUCAUAGCCUUGUCCGAAGGCGAAGCUUGCCAGCUGGUUCGGCUUCCGAUCGUGACUGACUUUCUUUUCGGGGAAAAGGAGCCGAAAACCAGGAUUAAGUUAAAUUUUAGACUGGGAACAUCGACACCAGGCUCAAUGUAGUGCCUCGAGAUCCUCCUAUUCAUAAUUUAUUUUUACUGAACGGAAUAAAGGACCCGCUACGAAGGUAGCGCAGUCAUAUGACUUA